UCUUAGACAAGAGCUCAUGUCAAUGUGCUUCUUGGGUCAGUGGGCAAGGAGUUUGACGGAGGACAGAGGGCCCAUGCUUUUCCACCCUCUCUCUGACCGACUCGGCUGAUCCCUACCCGAGAACAGCCUCUGUGAAUCCUGGCUCCUUUCUGACAAAGAAUUCCCUGCCCUCGCGACCUUGCGGUCCCCAACAGCUUCUCUGUAGGUCGCCGUCUGUCCUGCCAGUCAGACGGAGCUAUGGGCUUUGCCGAUAUCCUGGAGAGGGUCGGGAGCGUUGGAAGGUUCCAAGUCAUCCACAUUUGCAUGCUGUCCUUCCCAGUGCUGUUCAUGGCUAGCCACAACAUCCUUCAGAACUUCGUGGCCAUAGUGCCCGACCAUCACUGUCGCGUCCACUUAAUGGGUUUGAACGGAUCAAGGUAUGUGAACAUCACAGGCCAGCCGCAGAUGGAAGGGCUGCUCCACGCCUUCAUCCCCCUGGACCAGGAUCAGCAGCCGGAGCGAUGCCUGGUGUAUUCCUCACCCCAGUGGCAUCUCCUGAACCUCAGCGAGAUCCAGGGCAACGCCACGGAGCUUGGCACUCGGACCUGCCCGGACGGCUGGACAUACGACACGUCCAGGUUCAAAGCCACAAUCGUUUCAGAGUGGGACCUCGUCUGCAACAGUAAGUCUCUGAGACAAAUGGUGCAGUCUGUCUACAUGGGUGGAGUGCUGGCGGGGUCUAUCGUACUGGGAUGGCUUUCAGACAGGUUCGGGAGGCGGAGUCUCCUGCUGUGGUCCCACUUCCAGAUGGCAGUGUCGGGAACCUGCGCUGCGUUCUCCUCCUCCUAUCCCUUGUUCUGCUUCUGGAGGUUUCUCUGUGGGAUGGCACUGUCAGGGAUUAUCCUCAACAUCUUCUGCCUGAGUCUUGAAUGGAUCCCGAUGAGAGUGCGAACCAUGGUUUCAACUUAUUUCAAUUAUUCCUACACAUUUGGUCAGCUGAUCCUGGCUGGCAUAGCUUUCGCAAUCCGAGACUGGCGCUGGCUUCAGUUCACCGUGGCUGUUCCGUUUUAUAUCUUCUUUCUGUCCUCAUGGUGGUUCCCGGAGUCAGCACGGUGGCUCAUUCUGAAUGGCAAGGCUGAUGUGGCUCUGAAACAUCUCAAACGGGUUGCAAAACUGAACCGCAAGGAGGAAGAUGGGGAGAAACUCACCACUGCUGUCCUCAAGUCCAGUAUGGAAAAGGAGAUUUCAAACGUCAAGGGAAAAUACAGUGUGCUGGACCUGUUCAAAACACCUGUCAUGUGCAAGACAGCCUACUGUACUAUGCUUGUUUGGUUUUCAACCAGUUUUGCCUAUUACGGGCUAGCGAUAGACCUGCAAGGAUUUGGCGUUGAUAUUUACCUCAUCCAGAUCAUUUUCGGAGCCGUGGACAUCCCAGCAAAGCUCAUUGGGGUUGUGACGUUAAGUUAUAUCGGCCGCCGGUUCACACAAGGUACCUCCCUCAUCCUGGCGGGGAGCAUCAUUAUCACAAACAUCCUCAUUCCAAAAGACAUGGAGACCCUGCGAACGUCAUUCGCUGCUAUUGGGAAAGGAUGUCUCGCAACGGCGUUCAGCUGCUGCUAUCUCCAUGCUGGUGAACUCUACCCAACUGUGGUCAGGCAGACAGGAAUGGGUCUCGUGACCACCAUGGCCCGCAUCGGAGCGAUGGUGGCACCGGUUGUGAAAAUAACGGGCGAUUACGUUGCGUUUCUGCCGAUGGCGACCUACGGCGGCAUGGCGAUAAUCUCCGGAAUUGCCGGCUUUCUGCUUCCGGAGACUCUCAAUGUCCCACUGCCAGACACCAUCGAGGAGGUGGAGAACAGGAAGAAUCCUAUUCAGACUGAGAACCGGCCCAUUGACAUUACGCUCACUCCUGAAGGAUUGUCACUGUAUGGACCAGACCAAACUCCCUCAAAAUAUCACCGACCAGAAGAAGGUGACUGUUUGGUUAUCACCAUCUUACUUGAGGACUGCAGGAGGUAUGGGAGGAGGACAGGACUGAGCAAGGACCUAGACAGUGGAGGAGACACCUGCCUGCCUCUGGAUCGGCUCUCUCCUCCUCUGGGUCACCUCUCCGGCAGACCGACGGUGUCAUUACUGGCAAUCUCCAUGGGGUUCGAAGAUAUCCUGGAGGAUGUCGGAAGUAUGGGGAAGUUCCAAAUCAUCCACAUUUUGUUGCUGGUGUUGCCAUCGUUUCUCUCACCUAGUCACAACCUGCUUCAGAACUUCGUGGCUGUUGUUCCUGAUCAUCACUGCAGGAUCCCUUUGGAAGUGAAUGACUCGAGGUACGCCAAUGUCACGGGGAGGCUGCAGACGGAGGAACUUCUCCGGGUUUUCAUCCCUCUGGACCAGGACCAACAGCCGGAGAAAUGCCUGAUGUACUCCUCACCUCAAUGGCACCUUCUGGAUCUCAACGGGACGCACGCAAACGUGACUGAGUACCACACGCAGAAGUGCACUGACGGGUGGACCUAUGACAACUCUAAGUUCAAAGCCACAAUUGUCACAGAGUGGGACCUUGUCUGCAACUGGAAAUCCCUGAAGCGGAUCACACAAUCGAUCUACAUGGCCGGAUUGCUGGUGGGAGCCAUUGUCCUGGGCAGGCUUUCUGACAAGUUCGGGAGGCGGACUUUCCUGCUGUGGUCCCAUUUCCAGUUAGCUGUCUCCGGAACCUGUUCUGCGUUCGCCUCCUCCUAUCCCUUAUUUUGCUUUUGGAGGUUCCUCUGUGGAGUGGCACAGUCGGGGAUCAUACUCAAUGCUUUCUCCCUCAAGGUCGAAUGGAUCCCAACAAGAUUUCGAACGCCUAUUUCAAUGCUGAGUGGUUUUCUUUACACCUUUGGUCAACUACACCUGGCUGGUUUAGCGUAUGGAAUCCAAGACUGGCGGUGGCUUCAGUUCACAGUGUCUCUACCUUACUUCAUUUUCUUCCUUUACUCUUGGUGGUUCCCGGAGUCUGCUCGCUGGCUCAUUCUGAACGACAAGGCUGAUGUCGCUCUGAAACAGCUCAGGAGAGUGGCAAAAAUGAAUGGCAAGGAGGAGGAGGGGGAAAAACUCACUAUCGAAAUUCUGAAGUCAAAUAUGGAAAGUGAACAGUUGGUCAACAACAACAGGCGCAGUGUGUUAGAUCUGUUCCGGACUCCUGUCAUGCGCAAGAUAGCCUGCUGUACCAUGCUUGUUUGGUUUUCGACCAGUUUUGCCUAUUACGGGUUGGCGAUAGACCUGCAAGGAUUUGGAGUUGAUAUUUACCUCAUCCAGCUGAUUUUCGGAGCUGUAGACAUCCCAGCGAAACUGCUUGCAUUUCUCUUCAUGAGCCUGAUCGGAAGAAGGUUCACACAAGCCACUUCACUUAUCCUGGCAGGGAGCUUUAACCUGGUGAACAUCUUUGUCCCAAAAGAGAUGCAGUCCUUACGAACGUUAUUCGCUGCCCUUGGGAAAGGGUGUCUAUCCGCAGCCUUCAGCUGUUGCUAUCUCUUUUCAGGUGAACUCUACCCUACUGUGGUCAGGCAGACAGGAAUGGGGCUCGUGAGCACAAUGGCCCGCGUUGGGUCCAUGUUAGCACCUAUCGUAAGGAUGAGCGGCGAUUACGUCUCGUUUCUGCCCAUGACCAUAUACGGCGGGAUGGCAAUAAUAGCGGGAAUUGCUGCCUUUCUCCUGCCUGAAACACGGAACACCCCUUUACCGGAAACUAUCGAAGAAACAGAAAACAGAACAAUAAAAGAUGCUGAAAAGGCCAAGGACUCCAAGAGGGCUGAUGUUGCACUCCAGGAAACCUACCUAUCAUUGAUGAAACAGACUGUGUAACCAAACACAACAACAACCAGUUUUCUUCAGUGUCUACAGAUGUAGUGUAGCCGAAGAAAACAGAAAGUGUAAUUGAUACUCAGCAGAGAGAAAGAGAGACAGUUAAGGCUUGAAUCUGGAACAUUAACUCUGUUUUCUUCUGUACAGUUGCUGCCAGAUCUGCUGAGUUUCUCCAGCACUUUCUGUUUUUACUGCAGAUCCUCAGCACCCACUGUAUGGUGCUUUUAUUAUACUGUGUGGCAUGUGUCUGCUUAAGAGUCAUUCAGUCAUACAGCACAGAAACAGACCCUUUAUUCCAACCGGCCCAUGCCGACCAUAAUCCUAAACUAAACUA